AUGUCAUGUACUCAAGGGAAGUCACAGCUCCAAGACUAUGGUAAUAUAGCUCAAGGACCGUUUGAUAGUGAAAGGCUCUAUGACUGCUUAUCUCCAGUUACUAAUGAUACUCCUCAAACCGCUAUUGUAAGUAACAUUCUAAGUGAAAAAAUAGUGGAUAAAGAAUAUGACAAUAUAAAUCGUAUUCAAAUUGCAAGCAAAGGAGAUAAAUGUGGCAAGAUCAAAAUACCACUACCUUGGAAAUAUAGUAAAGAGAGACUUGCAAAACAUCCAUAUUGCAUCUAUAUAGUUCAAAUAAAAAAGGUUAUUUGUCGUUGUGAUAAAGUUAUCAAACUUGGUCAUCGUUAUAAUGAACCUUUCUUAAAUAUUCAUGUUAAUGGUAAAGGAUAUUUAGCUAAGCAAGGAGUUCGAUCAAUUCUAAAUUAUUUUAAACUGAUCUCUAAAUCAAAAAAAAUUAAAAGUGAUGAUUGUGUUAGCAGUGCUGAAGAGUGGAAAAGUGAUGAUGAUAAAAAUAUGGAUAAUGAUGAUUUGUUUAAAAUUGAUGAAAUAAGUGAUAUAGAAAAUGAUUGUGAGAGUGAAGUUUUAAAGUAUGAGAGAUUUACUAAUCAAAAUAUCAAUCUUAGUUUAAAAGGCAAUAAACUUUUACAAAAUCAAAUUGCUAAAGUAAAACCAUCUACUUUGAAACUGAAAUAUACUCCGAAAUAUUAUUUUGAAAAUGAUCCACUAAAAAAUUAUCUAAAAUAUUCUGACCUUACUGAAAUUUGGUUGAUAAUCAAAGAUAAUGAAUCUAAUACAGCAUCUGAUGUUUGGAUAAAAUUGGCAGAAAAAGGCAUUCAAGGGACAUUUAAUAAAAAACCAGUUUUUAAAGAUCUUACUUGGUUCAAACGAUUUUUGGACUCUAUUAGAUAUGAUGGCCCAAUUGUAGCUAUGACCGAUAAUACCAAACUGAAACCAUAUCUUAGAUAUUCUUCACGAAUGGGAUGCAUUAUUGGUUUUACAUUUUCAAAUCAUAAGACAAAUAUUAAAACAUAUGAUGAUAUUUCGGUUACAAUUAAUAAAAUUAAAGAGAAUAAUGCUAUUGCUAAAUAUGUAAGAGUAUAUAUAUUACAAGUUCCAUUACCAAAAUUUCCUUCUGUUAUUAUUGCUCUUCUUUCUAAUCUUGGAUCUGAUAAAACAGAAACAAUAUUAGAUAUACAUAAAUUACUUUUAGAUUUUGUACAAGAACUUAAGCUACAUAUUAUUUCAAUUAGUUCUGAUAGUGCACAGGUUGAAUUUAAUGCGCAAACUCAAUUUCAACAAAUAUCAACUCCUAGUAGACUUAGAAUUAGUUAUAAUCUAUACAAUAUUGAUUUUAGUUCAAUAUCAGGAGCUCGAGUUCUUACACUUAAUCAUACUACUGUAGGAUUUGGCUAUUUUACAAAAUUGCUUACUCAUCCUGAAACACGAAAAUACCCUGAGUUUAUUUCUGCCAACCAGAAUUUUAUUGCACCUCAAAUAUUUGCAAUACUUAUUUCAUUAGCUGAAUCAAUGGUUUUACUUGUAAAAGCUUAUAAAGAUUUCUAUAAUCAAUAUCCACUUGUUUCUUGGAUAUAUGGUUCAGAAGUAUGUGAGCAUUUCUUUGGUGCUGCACAACAAGUUAAUGCAGAUUUUGAUUUUGCGAAGUUGUUAGAAAUGGUACCAAAAAUAGAUCAUUAUACUAAAGCAUUAAACUCAAAAGAAAUAUCUUUUAAUAAAGAUAAAUCUGUACGUAAAGCAUGUAAUCUUGCUAAAUAUUUGGGAAUAUUAAUACUUGAUAUUAUAUCUAUUAAUUCACUUCGGCUAUAUGUUUUAAUAACAUCUAACGAUAUAGAAGUUUCUGGCUCAAAUGAUGAAAAUAUACAGGAUGAUAAGAAUCUAAAUGAAAAUAUAUCUAAUUACAAUUAUUCUCAAAUAAUUAGUUGUGCUGCUAAAGAAAUAGAUCUUUUAAAACAGAAAGAAAAUGAAAGAGAUAAAAUAGAUAUAAAUGAAGAAAAUGAAAAUUUAGAUAAAUACAAGAAACAACUUUCUUUUAUUAAUAUGGUUGAAAUAGAAACUUCAAAUAAUACAAUUAGCACAGGUUUUGAUAAUGUGAUAUUUGCUACUAAAAAUAGAAUCAAUUUUCAAGAAAUGAUUUAUCAACAUGAAAAGCAUAAUGCUUAUACUUUUCGUAAUAUUGAACAGACAGCUAAGACAAAUAAUACAAGAAUAAUUAAUUUAACUUCAAUUAAUCCAAAUAAAACAAGUUAUAUUGUUUUAUUAUUUACUAAAAAUGCAAAUGCUAAAAUGCGAUUUAUAAAACAACGAGAAAAAAGAUGGAAAAAUGAUCAAAAAGUUAUAAGCCAAUCUAUUGCCAAUCUUUACAAAAAGAAACAGUUAAAUAAACAACAAAAAACUUUAUUUAUUAAAAAUACAAAUAUUAAUCAUAACAAUCCUCUUAACAAACAAGAUUAUGUUAUAGCUUAUUAUAGAAUACAACUUUGUAUUGGACAAGUAAUUUCUAGUUUUUAUGAAGCAUAUAGAUAUCAUUCUUAUAACCAGGAACCAAUUACUAAUAUUGAAAAUAUAUCAUAUUUAACUCUUAAAGUUUUUACUCCUAUUCAUAAUAUUUUUUUAGCUGAAAUAGAAGAAGAUCAUGUUUUAAUUAUAUAUCAAUAUCCAAAAAAUAUUCUUUAUUGUUUAGAUAUACAAGAUAUACAAAAUUUUGAUAAUACUUUUCAAUUAUUAGAAAAAGCAAAA